GGGAGGGAGGAGCAUCUGGGGAGGUUCCAAGUUGGCGGAGCGACUGGGACCCCCCGACUCUCAGCAUCCGCCCCCGGAGGGCCUGAGACGCAAGCAGGGGAGGGGGCACCGCCCUGUCUCUAGUUCCGAGUCCUGACCCCCUGCCCGCGGCAGCACCAUGCGCGCCGAGCCGGCGUGACCGGCUCCGCCCGCAGCCUCCCCGCAGCCUAGUCCGGCGCUCUCCCGGGCCACACCGAGCUGCGCUCGGGAGCUAUGAGCCAUGAAGCCGCCAGGCAGCAGCUCCCGGCUGACGCCCGUGGCGGGUUGCAGCCAUCCGCGAGCCUCCAGCGACCCCCGCGGCGGCCCCGCCGGCCCGGCGCCUGCCCGCGCCCUGGCCCGCGCGCCUCCCGGCCGCCUGCUCCUCGUCCUUCUCCUGCUGCCUCCUCUCUCCGCUUCGUCCUGGCCCGGCGCCUGGGGGGCUGCUGCACCCAGCGCUCCACACUGGAAUGAAACUGCAGAAAAAAAAUUGGGAGUCCUGGCAGAAGACGACAACACAUUGCGACAGAAUAGCAGCAGUAAUACCAGCUACAGCAAUGCGAUGCAGAAAGAAAUCACGCUGCCUUCAAGACUCGUAUAUUACAUCAACCAAGACUCUGAAAGCUCUUACCAUAUUCUUGACACAAAGGCAAGGCACCAGCAAAAACAUAACAAGGCUGUCCAUCUGGCCCAGGCAAGCUUCCAGAUUGAAGCUUUUGGCUCCAGAUUUAUUCUUGACCUCACACUGAACAAUGAUUUGCUGUCUUCUGAUUAUGUGGAGAUUCACUAUGAAAAUGGGAAACCACAAUACUCUAAGGGCGGAGAGCACUGUUACUACCAUGGAAGCAUCCGAGGUGUCAAGGACUCCAGGGUGGCUCUGUCGACCUGCAAUGGACUUCAUGGAAUGUUUGAAGAUAAUACCUUCAUGUACAUGAUCGAACCACUGGAGCUGGUUCAUGAUGAGAAAAGCACAGGUCGACCACAUAUAAUCCAGAAAACCUUGGCAGGACAGUAUUCUAAGCAAAUGAAGAAUCUCAGUGUGGAAAGCAGUCACGAGUGGCCCUUCCUAUCUGAAUUACAGUGGUUGAAAAGGAGGAGGAAGAGAGCAGUGAAUCCGUCUCGUGGUGUGUUUGAAGAAAUGAAAUAUUUGGAACUUAUGAUUGUUAAUGAUCACAAAAUGUAUAAGAAGUAUCGCUCUUCUCACGCACAUACCAACAACUUUGCAAAAUCUGUGGUCAACCUCGUGGACUCUAUUUACAAGGAACAGCUCAAUACCAGGGUUGUCCUGGUGGCUGUAGAGACCUGGACUGAGAAGGAUCACAUUGACAUCACCACCGACCCUGUGCAGAUGCUUCAUGAGUUCUCCAAAUACCGGCAGCGUGUCAAGCAACACGCUGAUGCUGUGCAUCUCAUCUCGCGCGUGACAUUCCACUAUAAGAGAAGCAGUCUGAGUUACUUUGGAGGUGUCUGCUCUCGCACAAGGGGAGUUGGUGUGAAUGAGUAUGGUCUUCCAAUGGCAGUGGCACAAGUAUUAUCGCAGAGCCUGGCUCAAAACCUUGGAAUCCAAUGGGAACCUUCUAGCAGAAAGCCAAAAUGUGACUGCACAGAGUCCUGGGGUGGCUGCAUAAUGGAAGAGACAGGGGUUUCCCAUUCCCGAAAGUUCUCCAAGUGCAGCAUUUUGGAGUAUAGAGACUUCUUACAGAGAGGGGGUGGAGCCUGCCUUUUCAAUAGGCCAACAAAGCUAUUUGAGCCCACGGAGUGUGGCAAUGGAUAUGUAGAAGCUGGGGAGGAGUGUGACUGUGGUUUCCACGUGGAAUGCUAUGGAUUGUGCUGUAAGAAAUGCUCUCUCUCCAAUGGGGCCCACUGCAGCGACGGGCCCUGCUGCAACAAUACCUCGUGUCUGUUCCAGCCAAGAGGGUAUGAGUGUCGGGAUGCUGUGAAUGGGUGUGACAUCACCGAGUACUGUACCGGGGACUCUGGCCAGUGCCCACCAAACCUUCAUAAACAAGAUGGAUACGCAUGUAAUCAAAAUCAGGGCCGCUGUUACAGUGGGGAGUGCAAGACCCGGGACAACCAGUGUCAGUACAUCUGGGGAACGAAGGCUUCAGGGUCUGACAAGUUCUGUUACGAGAAGCUGAACACAGAAGGCACAGAGAAGGGGAACUGUGGGAAGGAUGGAGACCGGUGGAUCCAGUGCAGCAAACAUGAUGUGUUCUGUGGAUUUCUACUCUGCACCAAUCUUACACGAGCUCCACGUAUUGGCCAACUUCAGGGAGAGAUCAUCCCAACUUCCUUCUAUCAUCAAGGCCGGGUGAUUGACUGCAGUGGUGCUCACGUGGUUUUAGAUGAUGAUACAGAUGUGGGCUAUGUGGAAGACGGAACGCCAUGUGGCCCAUCUAUGAUGUGUUUAGAUCGGAAGUGCCUACAGAUUCAGGCCCUAAAUAUGAGUAGCUGCCCACUCGAUUCCAAGGGUAAAGUCUGUUCAGGCCACGGGGUGUGUAGUAACGAAGCCACUUGCAUCUGUGAUUUCACCUGGGCAGGGACAGACUGCAGUAUCCGGGAUCCGGUCAGGAACCUUCAUCCCUCCAAGGAUGAAGGACCGAAGGAAAUGUCAAGAAGAGGAGGUUCGAUCCUUCUCAGCAAGGCCCCAUCUGAAUCAGCUGCACUGGGUGAACGGUGCCUCGCACUGUUGGAUUCUGGGUAUGACGUACUUUCAGUGACGUUGCCAGAACUCUUAAGCCUGUAAACAAGAACAUUGGGUGGUCAUGACUACAGAACUCAAGUUGGGGUGACAAGGAUGAGGUAAAAGAAAACCGUCCUUUUUUGGAAAUCAUUUCAAAGAACUCCUCCCACCACCUGUCAAUAAAAGGGGGACAAAAGACAGUGUUAUAAAAAGAACUAUUCGAGGAUGUCUUUUCCUAACUAAAGGUCUCAAGAAGGAACAACAACAAAAAUUAAGUGCAAUAAAAGAACCAUUAAAAAUAACAAAUGAUUUUUUUUUCCUUCCUCAGCCUGCCGGCACUUAGUAACUUAUAAAUGACCUGGCAUGAUUUUUUUUCUUUUUCUACCAAUGACACACUCCAGUGGCAUGAAGAUCUAAUUCUGGAAAGGGUAAAAUCUGCAUGGCAUAACUACAACAAGCAGCUAGCAAGCCAAUCCGCAGCAAAACCUGCAACUGAAUUCCUAAGGUGGAGAUGACAGAUGAACAUGAAGAAGUGGCCUGGCCCCCACCCCCUAGUCUAAACCAGACCAUGAACUCCAGAGACCCCUGCUCUUGUGAUUCACUUUCCCAUUGUCUUUUCUCCUGGGCUGAGCAGCCUUUGGAAGUGGGAGCCGGAAUUGGAGCGUUGAUGCUAUUGUAUAGUUCUUUUAUAAAUGUAAAUAUGGAAAAAGAUUUUGACACAUCAACGUUCAUUUGUCUGUAUUGAACUAUUUUCCUUGUAAAGGUUCUCUGUAAAUUUGAGUCUGUUGUUUGCUCCCCAUCUUUUUGGUUCCUUUUCUCAGCAUAGGUGUCUCUGUCCUUCUCUCUUGUAUCAUGUUGUACAGUGAUUGUUGGGCUUAGAAAAGACAGACGUAGUCACUGAUGCAGGGAGUUUGGGCACAAAACAGGUGCAAUUUAGGAAGGAAAUGCUCGAAUGACAUGAAAUGCUUCGAAACCAAAAAUAAACAAAAGUUGGGGGGACACAAAACAAAAUAACCCAUAUUAAAAACACGAAAAUUAUGUAAAUGGAAGUAUAUGUACUGAUAAGUCUCUAAAAGUUUUUAAUGUCAUUAUAAGCAUAUGUAUAUAAUGUAAGAAAGUAGACACCCUCUCAAAUUAAUCACAAAAGUGCCAAGCUCAUGAUUUUAGUUUUUGGUUGUGACAAUUUUUUCCCCUGUCUUUAAUGUGAAAGGAAGAUAAACUUAAAGCCUUAAAUUAAAAAAAAAUUUCAGUGUUGAAAGCUUGGGAAUAAGUUAAGCUUUCUAUUUCAUUCAUAUCUAUUACUGUUAAUAUUUCUUUCGUGCUCAUCAUACUGCUCUGAAAUAUAUAUGGUAGAAGCCCACUGUCAAACUGGACAUGGAGGCAAAGAGCCACUUACCUUCUGGUGAGCUCGUCGGAUGCCCACAGGGCGCUGCUGGUCUGUGGACCACUGUGCACGGUGGCAGCAGGGUUCUGCCGUACGCACCUUCACCUUCUUUUCCUUCCAGGCAGAUUUGCAGAUCUAAUCUGGGUUCUCUAGUCUCUCUGAGUUUAGGUCACUUUCACUGAGGUUUCUUCUUCCAUAAAUAUGGUCAUCUUCACUUCCAGUCAGGUUACUAAAAAAAUUUGGCCCCAGCUUGGUUUUGAAUGUAAAACUUGUCCAUGAUCCUUCAGUAAGCGUCCUUCUGGAAAUGAGCUCUCCUGAAAGACCCCCAAAUACCCAUAGUUCUCUGAUGUCCUCUUUUCAAGAACAGGACAUCAAUUAUACUGUUCACUUCACGACAACCAAGUUGAUAGCUUUCAGUUCCUUUUCAGCACGAUUCACGACACUAGUCUCACAACUUUGGCUUUGACUUUGGGGAGGAUUAUGGCCUAAAAAUGCGCUGCUUGAAACAGUGCAUUUUUCUCCAUGUAUUUUUAAGUGUGGAAGUAUCACAGUCAUUGAGCAAGAAGCCUUGAUUUCUAUAUGCUCCAAUAGACCAUAACCUAACAUCUUAAUCCUGUUACUGCUUUCUGAGUACUAGGUGCUACACCAGUAUGCAACCUUCCUCUAGAAAUAGCCACAUGUUUAUAUUGCUGUAACAGGGUUCUCUGCAAGGUGUGCCAGCCUUAUUCUUGGCUUCCUCAGACACAGGUUGUAUGCCCCCUGUCCCUAGUGGCAGUGGCUCUUUCACCUCGGAGGAAACUCAGAUUACUCGGCAUCUCUUCCCAUCACUGCAUCAUGUAUGUCUCUGUUGCUGGAUCUUGCUCACUAGUGGAUUCGAAACCGCUGCUGAGCGCACUGUGUACAUUUCACUGCUCUUCCAGAUGCACCAGGUGACUUAAUAGAAACAAAACCAUGGUGGUUACAAAACAAGUUCAAUCUUUAUUAUCAACUUUUGAGCAUUUCACAAACAACAUUGUAAACGUGCGAUGUUAUGUUUUAAAUCAGACCACAGUGGUCCCCAAAUAUUAUGUAUAUAUGGCAAAUGUCAGUGUAACUUUUUGUUACACCGGCAGUUUCAUAGGUAACCAAACCUAUGCUCCAUUGUUCAGUUGUUUGUGUGUAUAUGUAAAAUGCACAAGCUUUAAGCUGUGUGUGUAUGAAUAUGAAAGAUUAUGCAACCAUACCAAUCGUAAACAAUGGAUUAUAAUUACUUUUGGUGGUAUUAGGUGAUGUAGUUUCAAACUCUGCUGUAUUCUCUCUUGCCCAUGCCAUUCAUUUGCUGAUUUUCAUGGUGUGAAUAAUCUUCGCUAUUACUUUGAUCUCAAAGCACAAGCGUAUCACCGUUUGUUACCCGACAAGAGUCAGUGUUCAGUAAUGACCAGUUCCCAUUUCACCCACUACACUCCUGCUGCAUUGACCAGCGACACAUGGACGAGGAGAUGCACGCUGACUUCAUUGCUCACCUGGGACACUGCAUGAUUCCCCCGAAUUAGAGCUACUCCUAUUAGAUAAGUGAGCAGUACACAUAGGUGCAUGUUCUGAAACACGAAUCACAUAGAGCUAUGGAGUUCUGCCAAGUGGUAUGUGUGGUUUUGGUUUU